AUGUCCGACCCGGAGAAACGCCCGCUGCUAGACAUCCGCUUCUUCCAGAUGCGAUACGCAAUGCAGCACAUAUUUGCCGGUAUACAAGCCGCCGGAGCCCUUCAAGCUAUCUUUGGCGGCGAACCCCCCGACGAUGACACACCAGGUUCGGGUCGAGAUGAGCCAUUUUUGCCUACCGACUGGGACAAUAUGCUCCGAGAGGCUCUCGAGCUCGGCAUCUUGAGCGAGAGGACAGAAGCGAUUUGGAGAAAAUCCCUUCUCGAGAGGGCGUACCAUGAAGCUCUACAGAAAGAUCGGGAGUAUAAGGAAUUCCAACCUACCAAGACGGGCAGCGGGAUUUGUAGUCUCAAGGAGGAGGAGAAGGAGGAACGUUUGCCAAUGCAGCAGAGCAAGCAUGACGAUAGCGACGAGGAGCAGAAGGGGAUGCCGGAUGGAAGAGAGAAGGGAAAGCAGAAGAUAAGUAUCAGUACGGGCAGCGGGAUUGGUCUCAAGGAGGAGAAGGAGGAACGUCUGCCAAUGCAACAGAGCAAGCAUAACGAUAGCCACGAGGAGCAGAAGGAGAUGCCAGAGGGAAGAGAGAGGGGAAAGCAGAAGACGAGUAUUAGUACGGAUAAGGGCAAGGGCACUGACAAUAGCGAGGGGAAGACGCUUAAGCUCACGCGCAAGCUCUCCAAGCUGAGCCUCAAGGGAAGCUACCGCAGGCUCAAGGAGGCGCCGGGCAAGUUUAAGCGGCCUCGAGUUGCGUCGUUAUUCCACAAACCGAAGGAAGAGGAGCGCGUUAGAGAACAGGAGUCAUAG